AUGCGUCCAUGCAUGCGAUGCGACCACUCAAAAGACGUUAAAGGGUUCUUUGAUGACCAUGACUACACGAAAUUCGAUGCUGUACUUUUUAAUGAGCAGUUCUUGGUCACAGGAGACAAGCCCGCUAAACUAGAACCUUCGCAAAUAUACAUUUUCAAUGGAUUGGAUUCACCAGUGAACACUCCGGCGUGCGAACCGCAACAAGACAGAUUUUUCAAUUGGACUCUCGUAUAUCACCUUGACGCUGAUAUUGUCUGGAGUUACUUUAUUGUGAGAAAUCUUGAGGGAGCUAUCAUUGCCCCCAGCUCUACAGUAACCUGGCAGAAGAAUUUGAACCCUAUAUCCCCAAAGAUAAAAACCAUUUUGGCGGGUAAGUCCGCGGCCGCGUGGCUCGUAAGCCAUUGCAAAACCGUCAGUUUUCGUGAGGAAUAUCUAACGAGACUUCAGGAACAUCUACACCAUUUUGCUUUGAAAAUUGAUGUUUACGGAGGAUGUUCUCAAGAUACAUGCACGAGAGACGAAUGUAAAAAAAUGAUAGAAAAGGACUAUUUCUUUUACAUGGCUUUCGAGAAUUCAUUUGCCGAUGAUUAUGUGUCGGAGAAAGUGUUACUCGGGUACGAAAAUUACGCUGUUCCUAUUGUUUAUGGCGCAGCAAAUUAA